AUGGCGACAGGCUUGCGGAGGAAGCGGGAUGACGAGCCAUUCAAGAUUCACGAGGACAUGGCGUUCCGGGAAGAUACGCCGAUGAUCAACGACGUCGUGGCGCACAUUCAGUCGACUCAAGACGAUGGGGACGACGACGACGACCAGCCGGACGAGCAUGAAGAAGACCAGGACGAUCAAGGCUAUGGUGGUGAGAAUGACGACGACGACGACGCACACGAGGAAGAGGUGGUCAUAUUAGGCGAAGGGGUCGAGGAGGACGAUGAAGAAGACGCCGAGACGGCAAAAAGCGAGGCAGAAGAAGGCCCCGACGACAAUAAUGGCGAGGACGACAUUGACGAAGGUGGAGACACCUCGGACGACGAUGUCAUCGACGAGGCCGUGCAGUAUGACAUGGAGAAGCUGCAGGCCACGUUUCCAAGCUUCCGCAACCAGUUCCGGCUCAUCAAGCGAAUCGGCGAGGGCACAUUCUCGACGGUGUACAAGGCAGAGGACCUGCAGUACGAGCGCUACGACAACUCCUGGGACCUGGACAAGGACGCUGAGAAGUGGUCAUCCCCGCCGCUCAAGCGCACAAGGACAGUCGGCGGCGCACGGCGGUCUGACCGGCUUCUUGACGAACACGACGAGCGUCAUCUCUCACAGGACAGGAAACCCCGGCGUCGCGCCAAGUACGUCGCCAUCAAGAAGAUCUACGUCACAUCCAGCCCGCUGCGCAUCCUCAACGAGCUCGAGCUGCUGCACGACCUGCGGUCGUCACCGUCCGUCUGCCCGCUCAUCACCGCCUUCCGCAGCACGGAUCAGGUUGUCGCCGUUCUGCCCUACUUCCGGCACCAGGAUUUCCGCGAGUACUAUCGCCACAUGAAGGUGACGGACAUGGCCAUCUACCUGCGGUCGCUCUUCGAGGCGCUUGCCGCCGUGCAUCGCGCCAACAUUCUGCACCGCGACAUCAAGCCAACGAAUUUCCUGUAUGAUCCUUCGACAGGCCGCGGCGUGCUCGUCGACUUUGGCCUGGCCGAGCGCGAGGGCAGCGACACGAAGCCCUGUCUAUGCCACGAGGUGGAGAGCGUGCGCAAGGCACGCAUUCGCGCGGCCUAUGUGCCGAACGCGGCGCACAACGGCUACCCCAAGUCGGAUACGCGUCCGUCGCGGCGGGCGAACCGUGCGGGCACGCGUGGGUUCCGCGCACCCGAAGUGCUGUUCAAGUGCACAGAGCAGACCACCAAGAUCGAUAUAUGGUCCGUCGGCGUCAUCUUGUUGACCCUCCUGUCACGGCGGUUCCCCUUCUUCAACAGCGCGGACGACGUGGAGGCCAUGAUUGAGAUUGCGACCAUCUUUGGCAGCAAGCGCAUGAAAAUUGCCGGCCAAUUACACGGGUGCAUGUUCGAGACGACGAUUCCGACCGUCGGCCGUGAAGGGUUCAGCCUGGAGCGGAUCAUCCUGUGGAGCAACUGCCGCAUCGACAACAGCAAGACGCUGGUGCCGCUGAGCGAGGACGAGAAGCUGGCGGUCAAGUUUUUGAACCGAUGCCUGGACCUGGACCCGAGCAGCCGCAUCAGCGCUGAAGAAGCGCUGAAGCAUGAGUUCUUGUCGAGCAAAAUGACGGGCCGUGGCGGCCAUGGCCGCCAUGGCCGCGACCAGUAUGCCGACGAGGAGGAGGAUGAAAUGGACAUGAUUUGA